CUGCAUCUCUCAACUGCUUCUAACUCCACUUCCUCACCACAUCUCCCUGCUUGGCCCAUCUGGCCCAUCGCUUCUCGACUUGCCGAUAGUCGCCGCGUUCCUCUUAAGGGUUCGCAUGCUUGGUGCUUGUCUUUCCACGGCUCCGUUGCUUGUCGAUAUGACUGCAUAGGCCAACUUGUCUCUCCAGCCAGACACACACCUCCGCCCACCUCUCUCCUUUAUCGAGUGCUCGCUCGGUUCCCAUCGCUCGAGAAUGAUCUCAUUUCUUGUGUCCUAAAUUGUCCGGCUUCAAUCUCCUCUUCGGCCUUCCAGUCCACCGCUCUCCGUUCACUCUGCAGCCAUGCCAGCUCCCCGGAGAAAGAAUCUCAUUGCCAGCAGGCGUAGGCGUCAAGAUGAUGGGGAAGACGAAGGCUCUUUUACUGGCGACCUCGAUGACGGUUCCCUAAGUGAAGGCUCUGCAGCUACUAACGGUGAAGGCGACGAGGCUGCAGAUAGCGAGUCCAGCGAAGACGAAAGAGAGCUGCCGAGUCCUAUCAAGACAACCGCCUCCGUUCCCAUUCGCCAGCGUCAGAAAACCCGAGAUGGUGUAUCAUCGCCAGAGCCGCAAAUUGAACAGACAGACCCCCUCAAGGCCGACCCUGAUGCCCAAGCAACGUUGGAAGAUCCCGACACUAACGAUUCCUCCCAAAACUCUGGCAAAAUACAGGUCAACGGGCUUGCCAAAUCAACCGAGGAGCCAGCUGUUCCAGACGAAGCCCCCGUUUCUAUGCCUCCCCGCCACGAGACCUUUGCUCAACGAUCAAGGCGAGAGCAUCAAGAAUACAUUCAGCAGCGUAAUGCCAAUCCGGCAUUCGUACCCACGAGAGGAGGUUUCUUCCUUCACGAUGAUCGAAGUGGAGCCUCAAAUGGGCAUGCUCGUGGCGCGGCCAGAGGUCGAGGUCGUGCCUAUGGCCCGGCUGUUACUGUUGCAGGACGAGGUGCUGGUGUUUUAGAGCCAGCUGACAAACCGUGGGCCCAUGAUCUGCACGAAAGACAUGAGUUGGCGCCCAAACAAGACUUCAACAAUCCUAAAAAUCAAGCCGAUGCCCCGACUGCUUCGGACGAAAAGCCCCCUGGCACCAAUCCUGGCCCUAAUCGAAGCUUUUCAUUCUCGACUGUCCUCGGAAAUGUCAAGGUUCAGAUCUAUCUGCCUGGCAUGAGUGAGAAGAAGCAAGGCCCUAAUGUUGUCAUAAAACACCACACCCUCCUUCCUCAACAUCGACCUCCAUUGCGACGGGACAAACCCGUUCGGAUAUCUAUUCCUAAUGAACCACCACGGUACAUAUUCCCUAGCAUUGAAAGAUCAUUCAUAUUCAUUCCUCGAGCAAUGAGGCCAAAUCAGCAAUACGCCCGUGGUCGUGGUCGCGGUAGCUUCCACGGCAGUCGCCGCCCAAGUGUCUAUGGCAGCGUAUAUACACCAAGCGUCGCCAUGAGCCGAAAGUCGUCCAUGGGUGCAUCUACCAUGAGGGACGGCAUGAGAUCUCCUGCGGAGUCUAUCAUGUCGCGUAUGGGUAGUAUGGGCUUGCCAGUGAUUGAUUCCAACCGCCCAAUUGUACGCAUGCCCUCUGCCGGUCCCCAUCCAUCCUUAUCACAUCUGGGAGCUCCACCAGUAGUCAAUGGAAAUUUCGUGGCCCCGCCCUUCAACUAUGUAUACCCUCCUCCAGACUACGCUAAUCAACCUGUGGCAUUGCCCAUGCACCAGCCUCGACCUCAAAAGGCCGUCUCGGUCGCCGCCAUUGAUUCACCCUCGUCGUUGCUGGUCAAGGGUCCGGCCCAACAACAAGAACAACCUUUCCACCAGCAAGUUCCUCUUCACAUGGCCGCAACUGGGACCCCCGACGGCGUGAUGCAACAGACGACUUCUGGUGCUUCUGCAAGCACGCCGUUGUCACAAAUCCCCGAGGGUGCCGUUUUUGCUCCGGGCUUUCAACCAUAUCCGAUGAUGGGCGGCCAUCGGUACUAUGGGGCUCCAUAUCAAAACCCAGCCAUGUUUUACCCAUAUAUGGGCCAACCAUUUGGAAAUGCGGUCGGUGGGCCUGCUCUUGCGCCCAAUUUUGUGCCAGGAUCUCAGGCGCAUCAUGUUGGAUACCUCCCCGGCAUGGGUUCAAUUGAGGGAGGAAACCACCUUGCACAUGAAUCGGACGGCAUGGUGUAUUACUACAAUCCGCAACCCAUGUACGCAUCUGAACUUGGUGGAGGUUUUGCGGUGGCCGCCAACGGCACUUCGGGCAUGCCAAAUGCAUACAACGGCCAACAACCGCCAUUCUAUUACUCUCCCAUGCCGGCUGGGAAUUUCUAUCCCGGACAGUCGGGCUAAUCAAGCAUGUGCAUUCUUACAUCUGUAAUCAGCUUAGGAUCCAGGUUUUGUUAGCGGAUUCCCAAGGGGUAUUGGAUGUGCAUUUUGUGGAGCAAAGCAGACUACGAGCUUUGGUUGCGACUGGCCUGGGAUUUCAAGGCCAACACCCGAUGAAGGACCGUCGAAGUAUGAUGGAGAACUUGGGAUUCCCGCGCCACGGCUGACAUCCAUGUAUAUUAUCUCGUCUGGCGAAGGAUACUAUCUAAGCAAGAUGAUAAAUUAGCGACGACGAGUGAUCUGUGGGCGGGAAGAAGAUCUUGAGAUCCACCAUUUAAAGUCCAAUCAAAAGUUCCAACUACAUCACCUUGACCUGACUCGCCAGCUGGAACUCUGAUUCAGAGCUGUGAGAACAUGGGCAUUUGUAGCAGCAAGUCCGGUCCAACGGGUGUGCUUAUCCUGGAAUCUCCGGCAUUGGCGAAGCAUAACACAGCGGAGUAUUAUUGAUAAUGCUGCCCUCUGGUGGAGGAGCCUCAUGCAGUCAAUGAUAGAUAACAAAUUGUCAGAAUAGCCAUGCACCUCUAGCCUACGGAGUACUGA